AGAUUGAUGUAAGCAAAUAACAGACGCUUGACAGUAGUGUACUAAACAUACCCUUAACAAGAAAUCCUCUUACAGUACAAAAGAGAGCAACAUGUGCUUAAAACACACAGAGCUGGAUUAGCCGGCGAGUAUUAUGUUGUGUUGUUCAGUCAACUAACGCAAGUUGAUCAGCUUCAACCGUCCCUGUGGACAGACAGAUCACGUGGCCUUUCGUCGGGGCGGCAGGUCACGAUUGUCUUGCUCUGCAGAGGUUGGGAAAGGGUUGAUCGAUGGAAACACACUGGAUAAAAUGUAAAAUUUUGACCUCCGUUGAUGCCUGUGAUGAUGUCCAUUCAAGGCUAACAUCUUAGAGGGGAGAUCGAGCCCUAGAGCACAGUCUCCUAUGUCCAUCCGUCUGUCCGUCCACAGACCCAAGUUGACCAUGCCUGCUCUCACCGAAGCCUCCCAAAGACCAGCUUGCAUGCCCGGAUCUAAGGACGAAUGCUUACUGCCACGAAUCUCACAACGAGGCUCCUGCUCUGACUCCGACUCAGUCGUUGAAUGCAGAAGAGGAGCCAUAGCCCGAGUUCCGCCCAGUGCUGCUUCAUCUGUGUCGAGUAGUCCAGUCAAGCUACCCGCCAUCUCCGGGAAGGCCAAGUCCAAUAGUGUUUCCAGUCUGUCCAAUGGGAUGUCUCCUACCCGGAGAGAGGACCAGAGAUCCAAUCUGUGCCGCUCUCCGAGCUGUCCCUCCAACCUUGGAUUCUGGUACGAUCGUGACGGAGAUACUGAGACACCGACUCCGGUUGACAAAGCUUGUUCAUACCCAGUUUCUCAAAUUUCGAAAAGGGAUUCUGGAGAUUUGAAGUUACCGAACAUCAAAGAUCGGAAUUCAAUGUGUAGUGGAACAAGCCAGAUCACUGUCCGGAGUCUGGCCACUCAAAGAAGUCCGACAAAGUUCUACCGAGAUAUCAGUCCGCACACAAGACGAGACACGUCGGUAUCUCUCCCCCUCAAUCGGGAAAUCACAAAGGACAUAUCCACCCCACGAGCUGAAAACGUCCUUGACAGUCAAAGGUCAAACACCCAAAGUGCACUUUUACUUCCGAUUAGGAAUUCGGAAUCCAGAUUGUCUCUCAAAGGCAAAAAGAAAAAGAAGAAGAAACAAGGUUCGCGUCAGAACACCGAUGUCAGUAUUAACUCCGAGAACAAUGUUGUUGAUGGGACGGGGGGUUCCGAGAAUUACGAACAAAUGAAAACCAAGAUGGAAGCCAUUGAUGCGCACGGAUACUUCUCCGACGCAGAGGGAGCAGGGAUGAGUGACGAACGAUUCAUUACCAAAGUCAAGGAAGAGAACCAUGUAUCUAAAGGAAAAGACGGUAUUGUCAAAGUCAACAAGCGUCAUAAGCUAAAGAAAAGGAUGACGGACAACAAUUUGUACUUUGAGCGAGAGUUAACGCAGGUGAAUGCGUGACUUCAAUACUUGCAAUGUUUAACCUACCUAAGGACACAACUGUUUGCUCAAAUAUGUACAUGUGUAUAUAUGGCUUUAAGAGACGGUUGAGGAUGUGGCGAAUGUAUAAAAAUAAUUUAAUCUGUGUGUUAAAAUCAAACGUUUUCGAGAAAGUGCUUCUGUUAUAUAUUGUUUACCUCAAUGUAGAAGAUUGUCAAACAUGAGAAACUCGCGUUUCUAUGCUCAUACCAAGGCUGUGAUAGAUCCAGGUAUUUGUACAUAAGGAUGGUGUGACGAUAUAUGUACAUUCAUUGUUAUGUGUUCCGCACAACAGAGACAAUGAAUACAAUGUUACACGUGUAUUCCAUUGCAUAGUAUGUGUAAGAUAUGUAUUAUUUAUAACAGAGCGGCUGGUACACUAUAUUUAAUAUUAUUCAUAAUUUCAGAACCUUACCUACUCCCCAACUCAGCUAUAGAAUGCUUCAGAAGUGGUGUGGGUUGGCUUAGUGGGUAAAGCGUUCUCUCGACACGCCUAAACGCCGGUUUGAUUUAUUACAUUGGUACAAUGUGUGAAACUCAUUUUAGUGUCCAACUGGGGAUACCAAACUCACUCACUCAUUACACUUCAAUCAAGACGUGUUAGGUCAGAGCUUAUUUGGGUACAAUGAUAACCUUUUAUGUUAAUAAAUAUAUAUCGGGUAUGUUUCAAUGUGGCCCAACUUUUGGAUAAGAUAGAUAAAAUGCCAGAUUAAAUUAGGGAUUCCUAAUGUAUGACAGAAACAAAUAUACAGGUAUCAACUCUGAUUAACUUUUAUGCAAAGAGAACUGGCUCGGAGGUUCUUUCAUGCAAGGAUAUUUACCAAAGAAAGGAGAAAUAAUACUAACUACAGAAAAAAAUAAAAAAAUAUAUGACUGAACUGUAGGAUGGCAGGGUUUUACAUGUUAUACCACACAAAUUGCAAACCGAGAUACAGGCAUCCCCAUUGGCAGUAAUUGUACUCCUCUUCUUGCGGGUCUGUUUCUUUAUGCAUACGAAUCGCAAUUUCUGCUCGGUUUGGCAAAGACAAAAGGAAGUUUAGGUUAAGCUUCAGGUAUAUCGAUGAUCUGAUAUCGUUAUAACCAUCAUAGAACCAAUUCCCUUCCACUGAUUUACCCACCUGAAAUAAAGGAGGACAGUGAGACCACCUCAUCUGUUUCAUAUUUAGAUCUGUGCUGGAAGAUUCAGAGUGACAAAACACUUUCCACAAGACAAAACGGAUGACUUCAACUUUCAAAUAGUCAACUUUACCUUUGUGUCGAGCAAUAUUCUUGCAACUCCAGCCUUUGGUAUCUAAAUUUUUCAACUUUGGAGGUAAAUUCGAGUAGGCUCUUUCUGCCAAGACUUCAAAGAUCGCCAUACGAGUCUUACUCGGAAGUUGUUUGAUGUAGGUUAAACAUUUAAGGCCUCAAUAAAUAUUUCCUAAAACAGUUAUGGAAGCCAUUUGGAGGACAUUCCCAAAUUUGACGCAUCUCUGACAAAAAUUAUGUCCAAUGUCCUUAUUUUGACUUGUACCAUUAACAAUUGACUUAACUUUGCAUGUGUUUGUAACGGGUGCCACAGAUGGGACAGGAUACGCUCACCUUUUCGCGAACACCUGGUGCCAUCAUUAUUUGAUAGUGAUUCAUAAACACAUGCUCAUGAUAUGGUCGAACUCGUAUUCUUAUGAAUAUGGAAAAGGGUUUGUCACUUUUAUUGUUAAGAAAGUGAAAUAUCCUAGUGAUAGAAGAGUUUAUAAUUUAUAGGGAAUCUUUUAUUACCAUGUCUGUUGCGAUAUUAUUCGAAGGCAAGCUGACGUUUGUGCUUGACAACAUUUCGCGCGUACCUAUUUGUGAUAAAUUAGACACUCUUGUGUCAAUAGACAAAUAUACGAUAUGAAAUAGGUCAGAUAUAUACAUUUUCAAGAAAUACACAUGGCGACUUUCUUAACUAUGAAAUCCUACUUAAGUGCCAAAAUGAUCCCAUUAUAAUAAUUAUCAAUUUUUAUUCGAAUACACGUUAGGUUUCUUUUUUCCAUUGCCUCUUUAAGAUAAGUAUGUACAGCUUACCUUAUUUCAAUCCAACAUUUAUUUCUCGGUAUCAACUAUAUCAAGGAUGAUUCAGUUUCUUAUGAAUUAUAAUACUUUCCUUAUAUUUUAAAGUAAGAGAUCGAUAUAUCUAAGGUAAUUCUGUUUAAAACAAAAUCUACCUAACAAUCACAAUCAUGCAAACUAGAAUUCCAGACCUCCUAUCUGUUUAAACCUUCAAACCAUCAUAAAAAGCUUUUGGUUUUAGUUCUUUUUCCUCCGCCAUGUUGCCUUGUCAAGCAGAUGUCUUACCUUUCAAUUUUUAAAAGAUGUCUUUGUUUGUUUGAGUUUGUUGUAAAACCUAUCAGCUUUGCAAUGACAUCUUGAAAAAAGUCAUCCAUGUUAACUUGUAUCAUCAUAAACGUAAUUUAUCAGUUGUCACAUAUAUGUAAUUAUUUUGCAUUCCCGUCCAGUAUAUGUCUGUGAUCUCACGACCAAUUUGCUAUGUAUUAUGUGUUAUACUAUUUUGCUGAGGAAUGUCUAUAACCUAUGUUUUAUCGGAGAGAUUCGCAAUGCCCUUACAAUUCCGUCCAAGGACUUUGAAUUACGUGUGCUCCGUCCGGUAUCAGAUGUAUUGCCAUACAUGGUUUAAUCCUGUGUUGUGUGUUUCUAUUCGACCCUGUUAAGUCUGUCAUCUUGUAUGCACGCCAUCCCUCAACUAAUAAAGUUCAUUCGUAUAC